AUGUUCCAGCAGGCGUGGGAAGCACACCCAAGGGAUCAUGACACUAUCGUGAUGUUGGCAGACGAACGAAGCUUCCGCGGUUCCAGCAGCUAUGCGGCGAAAUUGGAAGUUACCGAUAUUCUGGCAGGACAUUUGAAGCCCAAAAGACGUAUCCGCGGGGAUUGA